GCAGAAAGUGUCCAAGCUUUGUUGUGUCGCCAAAAUUACAACUCUAGUGCUCAAAGAUUAACUCGCUUAAAGCCCGGAUACAAACAGAAAAUCGGGCGUGAAAGCGUUUGCACGCUGCCUACGAAGUCUAAGCACAUAAACACAGCACCAGCCAUACACAGUGACCACAAGAAGUGAAGCUCAGAUGUAAAUUCAUGACAUAUGGACCAGAGGAGGCCAUGAAUCGAGUCCCCCUGCAGCAGCAGCAGAGCUGUGGGCCCUGGGAGCUGAAGGAGCGGCUGGGCACUGGAGGCUUUGGGAAUGUCACAAGAUGGCAAAAUAAGGACACAGAGGAGCAGAUCGCUAUAAAGCAGUGCCGUCAGGAGCUGAGCGAGAGAAACAAAGAGAGAUGGUGUCUGGAAAUCCAUAUCAUGAAGAGGUUGGAUCACGUAAACGUUGUUGCGGCCAGAGAGGUUCCUGAAGGUAUGCAGAAACUGGUGGCCACAAAUGACAUGCCGCUGCUGGCCAUGGAGUACUGCCAGGGAGGAGAUCUGAGAAAGUAUCUGAACCUCCUGGAGAACUGCUGUGGAAUGAGGGAGGGCUCUGUUUUGAUUCUGUUACGUGACAUUUCUUCGGCUCUGACCUACCUCCAUAAGAAGAGGAUUAUCCACAGGGAUUUGAAGCCAGAAAACAUUGUGCUGCAACAGGGAGAGAAGAGAUUAAUCCACAAGAUUAUAGAUCUCGGCUAUGCUAAAGAGCUGGACCAGAGCAGCCUUUGCACGUCAUUUGUGGGAACUCUGCAGUACUUAGCUCCAGAGCUCAUUGAGAGGCAGAGGUACACAGUCACUGUGGACUACUGGAGCUUCGGGACUUUGGUGUUUGAGUGUAUCACAGGAUUUCGCCCCUUCUUACCGACCUGGCAGCCUGUUCCCUGGCACAAUAAACUGAGGCUGAAGCAGAAUGAUGAUAUUGUUGUCUAUGAGGACCUCUCAGGGGAAGUUCGCUUCUCCAAACAUCUGCCACAGCCCAACAACCUCAACAGUCUAUUAUUGGAGAAAAUGGAGAGGUGGCUGCAGCUGAUGUUAAAGUGGUCUUCUCAGGAGAGAGGCAAAGACCCCAAUGCUACGCCCAGCGACUGCUUCUCCCAGCUGGAGAUCAUACUGCAGCUCAAGCUGGUUCAUGUCCUAAACAUGAUGUCUGCUAAGAUCCUGACAUACUCAGUCUCAGAUAAAGAGACUGUGGCUGGCCUGCAGCUGAGAAUAGAAAAAGACACCGACAUCCCUGCAGCCAAUCAGGAGCUGUUACUGGAGGCAGGAUUAGCCUUGGAGCCAAAUGGACUGGUCACCCAGUGUGCCAUAGAUUACUCAGAAAUAGAUGGGCGACGGACAGACUUGCCCCUGGUCUUUCUGUUUGAUCGCUCCUCUUGCAGUUAUGAACCCCAGUUUACUCCUCGCACCCUCCCUGAAAACAUCCGCUUUGUCCAAACUGACCCCAAGCACCUUCUGGCUUACAGUGCUCUGAGGAGGACUUGUGGCCAGGCAUGGCACACCAUCCGCUCUCUGAAGGAAGACUGGCAAAGACUGCAGCAGGGGCAGAAAGCUGCCAUCAUGAGCCUGCUGAGACACAACUCUUCACUUUCCAGACAGAAGAAUGAGAUGGUGUCCAUGCACCAGAGACUCACAGCCAAGCUGGACUUCUUUAUCACCAGCCUUCACAUAGACAUGGACAAAUACCAAGAGCAGACAGCCACCGGGAUCGCAUCAGAGAAACUCCUCUGCGUGUGGAGGGAGAUGGAGCAAACUGCUGUUAGCUGUGGUCAGGCCAAGGUGAGUGAACUGGAGGAAGAGAUGAUGCAGCUGCAGCCAGACAUAGUGGAUGUGCAGAGGCAGCCGUGGAGGAGUGGAGAAGCCCUGGACACAUUAGAAGGAAAGGCCAUGGAGUUGUUCCGUAAACUCAGAGAGAAACCCAGAGACCAGAGGUGUUCAGGAGACAGCCAGGAGGUGGUGCGCCUGGUGGUUCAGGCUGUGCAGUUCUACGAGAGGAAGCUCAGAGACUUCUACACACAUCUCAGUAAGACAGCAGUGUGCCGUCAGCGUGUGAUGGAGUUGCUGCCUAAGGUGGAGGGCGUGGUCCAGAAGAUGGCAGAGAGUGAACAAGUCUUGAUGAGUCUGCAGGAGAAACGACAGAAGGAGCUGUGGAACCUGCUCAAAGUUGCCUGUAGUAAAGUUCGCAGCCCAGUGAGUGGGAGUCCUGAUGGGUUACCAACCCCCUCGUCAGUGCCGCCUCUUCUGACCCCCAGACAAAGCUUACAGCAGCUUGAUGAGUCUCUUGUGGAGCAGAGCAGGACAUUUGAGAGUCGACUCCAGAGUUUGCUGCAUGACACCAUCCAGGAAUCAGAAAACAAUAUGGAGAUGUUGAGGGAGUGGACGUGGCUGCAUAGAGGCCAGAGCUUCUCCAGAGACCUCUCCUGAAUUGGGUUUCUGUUUUUUGAUUACAUGUGAUACAGUGCUGCCUCUCAGUGGCUGGGAUGUCACACUACAUGGGGAUGUGGUACCAGCUGUUCAGUCUGACAAUGUGAAUGGAGGAAUAUAAUAUCCGCUGGCACAUAUUUGCUUAAUGAGAUUAGGGAGUAGGUAAACCUACUCGCCGCCAAUAUUUAGAGCACUGCAGCCAAUUCUAACUCUGGUAACGAUUUAUAUCAGAUACGUUUAGAGGAGAAUUACUGUUUAUUUACCUAUUUGUCAGUUUAAAACAGCAUUUAAAUAAGUUAGGAAAAAAUUGCACCUCGUUAUGCACAGAUCAACCAUUCCAUUGAUUUUGUCAGAUGAGCCUACAAAAUUACAUACGAGAGAAUUCAUAUAUGUAAAUAAUAUGUUACAGAGCUAUAAACAGAAACGUUUCCAGCUUAGUUUUGAAACUAUAUUAUAAAGCUACAUAUUGUAUUUUAAGACUUAUGCACAUUCAUCUGAA